AUGCAACCCAACGACAGACUGCUCCCUACUGAAACAUCUGCAGUUGUUUGCAAUAUACGUUGCAACGACGAAGACUGUGAUUACGUAGGAGAAACAGGCCUAACAUUGCUGACCCGCCUUUACGAACACAAAUGGGCGGCUCAGAAAUUAGACCCAAACGCACAGCUUGUAGCACGCAUUGGAGAAACUGGCCACGCCUUCGACAUUCAAGGAGCAACCAUCAUAGGCCGAGGAAAUUCUAAAGCCGAAAGGCUGACACUUGAGGCAUGGUACUCGGAUGCCAACUCCGUCAACAGGCAUCUAGACCUCCCCGCGGCCUACAAAGUUUUACGCCAGUAUGUAAGCAAAGGACGGAACAAGGCAAGGACUUACGACAGAAUUGCAAACAAAGAGGAACCCACUACGAGCCGACCAGAAGAGGAGGCAGGAUCACCGGAACUCUCUACCCUGGGGACAAGCCAUUACACGAAUUUCUGUUCAUGA